AAAAGGGAAAAAAAAGAGAAAGAAACGGUGACUUUUGCCAACUAAUUCUCCCGUACGCCCGAGAUCCGAAGCGGCUCGCGCGGCCGCCACAUCUUCCGAUCCUCUCGCCGGCGGGCGCGCGCGCGCGGCGGCGGCGGGGCAAAAAUGGAGGCAACGGCCGGCGGCUCCACCGCCUCCGCGGCGGCGUGCCCGCCCGCCCCAUCCCGGCCGACGGACCCGGACUUCCUCAGCUGCGUGCUCCAGCCCCCGACACCCUCCUCCUCCUCCUCCCGCCCCGACGACGACUACGCCGCCCUCCGCCGCCUCCUCCUCCGCCGCAAGCCCCCCUCGGCGCUCCAACACCGUAUGGAGUGGCGGUGCAACGGGAAGGGCUACGUCGCCUACCGCAACUUCCUCCUCCGCCGCAUCGACGGUGGCGCCGCCUCCAGCUGCGCCAGCACGUCCAGCAACAGUGGAAGGUGGGCUCCUUCUCCUGCCUAUGCUGCAUUCUCCGAGGCGGAUAGCUGGAGUUCUAGCAAGGACUUGAGAAGGAACAGCGGACCAUUGCUCCGCAAUCUUAGUAUCAGCUCAAAGCAGAGUGAUCCUGAGCGUCAUGUCAGAUUUGCCGAGCCUGCAUACUCAUUUGUUGGAAUGCAUUGCAUCUUUGACGACUGCAAAGCAUCAGUUACAAUAUUGAAAUUUGGUCGUGCAAGUUCAGAUCUACUUACAUAUGGUGCUUCUGAUGGCAGUUUAACAGUCUGCCAGGUUUCUGACCCACCAACUGUUCUUCAAAAAUUAAUAGGGCAUUCUAAAGAUAUUACAGAUUUUGAUUUUUCAUCUAAUAACCAGUACAUAGCUUCGUGCUCCAUGGAUAAAACUAUGAGAGUAUGGGAGAUCUCAAAAGGCACUUGUAUCAGGGUUGUAUAUGGGGUUUCUUCCCAGCUAUGUAUCUGCUUUCAUCCUGUGAAUAAUAAUUUACUGUUAGUUGGCAAUGCAAACAGGGAAAUCAAUGCCAUUAAUUUUAGCACUGGGAGAAUAGUCAGCAAGCUUACCUUUGAUGAUGCGGUUACAGCUUUGGAUGUUGAUCACACUGGACAACUUAUUUUUGCUGGGGACGCUCAGGGUUGCAUAUAUACUGUUAGUGUGAAUUCACACACGGGUUCAUUAUCUAGAACUCAUAAGAACAAGAGCAAUAAAAGCAAAUCUCCUGUUACAACCAUCCAAUACCGCACCUUCUCUCUGGUGGCACGUUGCCCAGUCCUCCUUUCUUGUGUUCAAAAUGGAAACUUGUUUUUCUUCAGCAUUGCAACAGAUUCCAAGGGAUACUUGACCCUAAUAUGCUCCCUAAAAUUGGCGUCACCGGUGCAGAGCAUCCGUGCUUCUUUCUGUCCACUCCUUUCCCUCGAAAAAGGAGAAUUCAUUGUCACGGGCAGUGAGGAUGCAAAUGUUUACUUCUACGAUUUGACACGGCCAAAGAACUCGUGUGUAAAUAAACUUCAGGGACAUGGUUCUCCAGUAAUUGGAGUGGCCUGGAGUCAUGGGGAAAAUUUGCUUGCCUCAUCUGAUUCAGAUGGUACAGUUAUUGUAUGGAAGCGGGCAUAAACUAAUUAGAGCGGAUUCCACAAAACGAAAGUUGCUUGUAUAAUGAAGGCAUUUUUGGCGCAUGUUGUACCUCCCAUCAUAUAUUGUUUGUAAGACACAGAAGAUGAAUCAGCCUUCAAUUGUAUUUCUACAAAAGUAUAGUUCUCCAUAGAGUGUACAGCGGUUCUUCAGGUACAUCUUACAUAUAUUUUUGUUCAAUACUAAAGGGGUAGGAGGUACAGUAUAAUUCUCUUUUUGUAAACUAAAUUUCAUGAGUUUAAAUGGAGUAGUUGCACCCUGGGUCAGAUUCUGUAAGGUGAAGAAGGUUUGUGUUUGUUAUAAUCCUUCGUUUUUUCCGUCUACGAAUGAGCCAUUACUGACUUU